AUGAUAAGACAGGAUACAAAUACAGCCAAGGUAGGUCGGUACAACAGUGAAGGACGAGAGCUCCAACACGACUCAGGACAGGGACUGUAUGUUAAUCCCAUGUACAUCACAGAACACCUAAAUGGAAAUGUGACUGUUUCUGACCUGAUUGAUAAUGUUUCAGAGAUUGUAGUGGUGACAGACUCUGUCGGAAUACAUUGCUUCUCCAAUACCGGGAAUUCAAAAGAAUCACAAUUUAAACGUCGUGGAAUUUGUACAGAUGCACUGUCACGUAUUCUACUUUGUGAUACUUAUACCAAAACUGUACAGAUGAUUGAUAAAGAUGGUCAGUUCCUGGCAGUGCUUUUGACAGAACAACAAGGAAUAGAAUAUCCACUCAGCCUGAGUUAUGAUCACAAAUCUCAUCUUCUCUGGGUCGGGUCUUUGCGAAACUCGACAAUAUGUAUAUACAAACAUUUGAUGAUGCAUGAAUAUCUCACAG